AGAGAAUUCUGAAACUUCGCCACCAAAAAAGAGAAUAAAGACCAAUGCGAUACAAGAAUUUUUCCUGCCAACCUCCGAGGAGAACAAAGAAAAUAAUCAAAUGAUACUUGACAUCCCACAGACGCGUCAGAAAAAACCAAAGAAACCUUAUAACGGUUUGACGAUUAACAAUGCCUUAUUUCAAAGGGAGCUUUGGGGAACACCAGCUGGUGGGAGCUCUUGA